UCUGGGGGCGUGGCAGAGCGACAGUGCACUUUUAUGACAGCGAUCGUGUUUGCUAGUUGCUCAUUAUUUUUGUUCUAAAUUCUGUGGAGAACAAGGCACAUGCCCACGAAUACAACGAAACGGAUGAAGUACAUAUUAUCUGAUGUUUCCCCAUCCUUACAUAUUGAUAGAUUUGUCGUUUUUUUGUUGCCGUUUUCACACGUUAGCUCUAGCUUUGCAGCUAGUGGUUGUUUUUAGCAUCGUCUGUGUUUAGCUAGCGGCUAGCCGGAAGUUUUCGUUCUCUACAAUUUGACGAUGAUAUUAGCUGCAGAUGCGUGUCCCUGAUACAUGCUCACGUUGGAUGAGUGGAGAAAAAUGUCGUGCAAAUCAACCAAAGUGGCACCCAGUGUUGACUUUGACCACAGUUGUUCCGACAGCGUGGAAUAUCUGACUCUUAAUUUUGGUCCAUUUGAGACUGUUCACCGUUGGAGAAGACUGCCUCCAUGCGAUGAGUUUGUUGGAGCAAGGCGCAGCAAACACACAGUUGUGGCAUAUAGGGAUGCUAUCUACGUAUUUGGAGGAGACAAUGGCAAGAACAUGUUGAAUGAUUUGCUUCGCUUUGAUGUUAAGGACUGCUCAUGGUGUAGGGCCUUCACCACAGGAACACCACCUGCUCCCCGCUAUCACCAUUCAGCUGUUGUCUACGGCAGCAGCAUGUUUGUUUUUGGGGGAUAUACUGGAGACAUCUACUCCAACUCAAACCUCAAAAACAAAAAUGAUCUUUUUGAAUACAAGUUUGCAACAGGACAGUGGACUGAAUGGAAAGUGGAGGGGAGCUUGCCAGUGGCCCGCUCUGCUCAUGGAGCCACAGUUUACAAUGACAAGUUGUGGAUAUUUGCCGGUUAUGAUGGGAAUGCCAGGUUGAAUGACAUGUGGACCAUCAGUCUACAGGACAGGGAGCAUGCAUGUUGGGAAGAGAUCGAACAGAGUGGUGAGAUUCCUCCAUCUUGCUGCAACUUUCCCGUAGCUGUAUGCAGGGAUAAGAUGUUUGUGUUCUCGGGUCAGAGUGGAGCCAAGAUAACAAACAACCUCUUCCGGUUUGAGUUUAAUGGCCACAUGUGGACCCGCAUACCCACCGAACAUUUACUACGAGGCUCUCCGCCACCUCCGCAGCGGCGUUAUGGCCACACAAUGGUCGCCUUUGACCGCCACCUGUACGUGUUUGGCGGUGCUGCUGAUAACACUCUGCCCAACGAGCUGCACUGCUAUGAUGUGGACUCUCAGAGCUGGGAGGUGAUUCACCCCAGCCUGGACAGUGAGGUAGGAAUUACCAAGAAUUGCUUUUGCAAUUCUUGGCACUCAAAGUCACAAAGUUCUGUAUUAUUUGUCUCCUCACUAUCUCAGAUGCCCAGUGGGAGGCUCUUCCAUGCAGCUGCUGUGAUUCAGGACGCUAUGUACAUCUUUGGAGGGACUGUGGACAAUAAUGUUCGCAGUGGGGAGAUGUACAGGUUUCAGUUUUCAAGUUAUCCCAAGUGCACCCUCCAUGAAGACUAUGGCAAAUUGUGGGAGAACCGUCAGUUCUGUGAUGUGGAGUUUAUUUUGGGAGAGCGAGAAGAACGAGUCCUGGGGCAUAUAGCCAUUGUGACCGCAAGAUGCCAGUGGCUCCGCAAGAAAAUCUUGCAGGCUCGGGAGAGGCAACGACAGAGGACCAAACAGGACAGCAGUGAGGAGAGUGACGAAGGGGCCACCGGAGGAGAGACUCACAGGCCGUCGGGCAGACAACCCAUGCUGGAGGUAUCCAUCAGGGAAGCAGAAGCACAGCCUUUUGAAGUCUUAAUGCAGUUUCUCUACACAGACAAGAUCCAGUACCCACGCAGAGGUCAUGUUCAGGAUGUUCUCCUAAUCAUGGAUGUUUACAAACUGGCUCUAAGUUUUCAGCUCUCCCGCUUGGAGCAGUUGUGCGUUCAGUACAUUGAGGCUUCUGUCGACCUGCAGAACGUUCUCAGUGUUUGUGAAAAUGCCAACAAGCUCCAACUUGACCAACUGAAGGAGCAUUGCCUAAAUUUUGUGGUGAAGGAAUCCCACUUCAACCAAGUGAUAAUGACUAGAGAGUUCGAACAUCUGUCCACGCCCUUGAUAGUGGAGAUAGUCCGACGAAAGCAGCAGCCUCCUCCCAGGCUGUACUCGGACCAGCCCGUGGACAUUGGGACCUCCCUGGUGCAGGACAUGAAGGCUUACCUGGAGGGAGGGGGCCUGGAAUUCUGUGACAUCAUUCUACUCUUAGAUGGACACCCCCGACCAGCUCAUAAAGCCAUUCUGGCGGCUCGGUCCAGUUAUUUUGAAGCCAUGUUCCGCUCCUUCAUGCCAGAGGACGGCCAGGUGAAUAUCUCCAUUGGAGAGAUGGUCCCCAGUAAGCAGGCAUUCGAGUCCAUGCUGCGUUACAUCUACUAUGGAGACGUCAACAUGCCUCCCGAAGACUCUCUUUAUCUAUUUGCUGCACCAUAUUAUUACGGCUUUUCAAAUAACAGGUUGCAGGCUUACUGCAAGCAGAACCUGGAGAUGAAUGUCACCGUAGAGAAUGUCUUGCAGAUUCUGGAGGCGGCUGAUAAAACGCAGGCUUUGGACAUGAAGAAGCACUGCCUCCACAUAAUUGUCCACCAGUUCAUCAAGGUAUCCAAGCUCCCCAACCUGCGAUCCCUCAGCCAGUUGCUGCUGUUGGACAUCAUUGAGUCGCUAGCUACACACAUAUCAGACAAGCAGUGUGCCGAGAUGGGCUCCGACAUUUAGGAGGAUGGCAAGAGGCCCGCACUUUAAUUUUGAUCCUCUUUUCCCAAAAGCUGUUUACAAUUUUGCCACACCAUUCCUCCCUUUAUACACUUUGUUUGAACCUUGCAUGUUAUAAUCUCACAUAUGGCGCAUUUGUUUGAUAGCAAGGUGCUUUGGGGGGUUUUCCCGUCUGCAGAUCAUUGUGGUGUCAUUUUAUUUUGUUUUUAUACAGCAUCGAUUUCAAGCCCCAAGCAUGUUAUGCUCUUUUUUUUUUUCCUAAGUAUUAUUACUGAGAAAAAAAAAUACAAUUAUUCCCACCGUGUCCCUUAACAGCUGAAACUACCAAAUGACGUGACUUGUAUUUGCUGGAUCAGCAUUAUUACAUUACAAAAUUACAAUUAUCAUAUUAUUGUUAUAUUGUCGUGCUAUACUGUAUUGUAGAAAAAAAAUCAUUAUUGAUAACCAUGUGCGUGAUUAACCACCACUGUUAGACUUUACCCAUGUUUACCUGACAAUACAAGGUAUAGGUAGUAAUACAUACCCAAAUGUACCGUAUAAAAAAAAAAAAAAAUACACACUCAAGUGAGUGUGUGUUAUAAAUGUA